GUAAUUACUAUUUACCGGAACAUAACUAAACUUGUUUAAACGGUUCAAUUUUGUUGAUCUAAUAUACUUUAUACUUUAAACGGUUCUUAAAGUUUCAUUUCUUCUGUUUUAGAACUUUUCUCACAGACAAUUUUAUUGGAGCACUACAAAUAAACAAGGAGAAGCAAUCCUUCAAGGAGAAGCAAUCAGUUUCAGUCAAAGUAAGAACUACUAAAGCAAGGAGAAUAACUAGUCGUGUGGCAAAAAUUAUCUCAAGUACUGAAGGUUAACUUUAUUUUACAAAAAUCCUACUUAAACACCGUCAUCAAGAUUCAUAAUGCCUGAAAAUACAAUGGUUGGUGGUGUUGCAUUGUCUGGGGAUGACAAAUCAUCUGCAAGCUCAGGUGGUGAUUUAGGUGGUAAUUCAAUUGUUAAUGCAGUUGAUAACUCUGGUCGUGUUAAUGCAGGUGGCAGCGCUGAGCCAGUGGUUAAAAAUUGUAAUUGGAGGUCUACUCGUUGGGACUCAGGCACAUCUAAACCAGAAGAACGUUAUUCAUCCAUUUCGCCUAUGUUUUUGAAUGCUUUAGAGUUGGAGAAAAUGUUUGAUGCUGAAUUGGCGGCUUUCAAUGCGGCUCUUCUUAAUGCGUCUAAUGAUGCGGUUAUUAAUGUGCCUGAUGAUGCGGCUACUAAUGCGUCUAAUAAUGCAACUAUCGAGCUUAGAAGAAGAGGUGAGGCUAAUAGAAUUAAGCGACAACAUCUUCAUUUAAUCCAGCAAAAUUUUUCUGAGUUUUUAUUCCGUCCAACUGGUCAGCUGCGUACGAAGAAAAUGAAAAAUCCUGUUAAAAAAUUAAAUGAUAUGGCGGUUAAAUUGAGUGCAGAUGAUUGUGAUCCUACCCAACCGAUCGGUCGUAAGGUUAUUAUUGAGGUCAUAAAGCUUAAAGAAGACGAAGAAAAAAUUGUCGUUGAUUCUAAAUCUUCAAAUGUUCGUAAAUCUUAUUUGGAAUCUGAGGAGAGUGAUGCUGAAUCGGACUAAUGAAUUUCUACACAACUUUCAAUUCUUUUAAACGUGUUUAACAAUAAGUAAUAAAUACAUGCGUAUAUUAACAAAAAUA